UCUGCCAUAUCCGCGGUCACACGAGUCGUGUUGCGUUUGCAAAAUAAUAGAAAAAGUUUAAUAUUUCGACAACAAAACCAUAAUACUAAAUAAACCACACGAGAAUGUGCAGGCAACUUCAAGGCAUUGAAUUAUAAUAGAAAACAGCGAACUAAAAGCGGACCGAGUGAAAGCAGAGCAGUGCAAAAUCUCAAAAUUAGUUGUACCAUCUAUAGAUAGCACCCAAGGAAAUCCACAAAAGGCAAAAUAAAAAUGGGAAACGAAACAUCACUGCCCAUGGAAAUGUGUUCCAAUUUCGAUGCUGAUGAGAUUCGACGUUUGGGCAAACGUUUCCGCAAACUGGAUCUGGACAAUUCGGGAGCAUUGAGUGUGGACGAGUUCAUGUCGCUGCCGGAACUGCAACAGAAUCCGCUGGUGCAGCGCGUGAUCGACAUAUUCGAUGCCGAUGGCAACGGGGAGGUGGACUUCAAGGAGUUCAUCCAGGGCGUCUCACAGUUCAGCGUUAAGGGUGAUAAACUGUCGAAGCUGCGCUUCGCCUUCCGCAUCUACGACAUGGACAACGAUGGAUACAUCUCAAAUGGUGAACUUUUUCAGGUUUUAAAAAUGAUGGUGGGCAACAAUCUGAAGGACACGCAACUGCAACAGAUCGUGGACAAGACAAUCGGUUUCGCGGACAAGGAUGAGGAUGGAAAGAUUUCGUUCGACGAGUUCUGCUCGGUGGUUGGAAACACGGACAUACACAAGAAGAUGGUUGUUGACGUUUAAUAGGCUUACUGAGAAUCAUUAUUUUUAUAUGCAGUUUUAUUUAUUCUUUUGUACAUGCAUAUACGCGUUCUUCAUUUUUUUCCACAAUUACUCCCAUGAUAAUGUCAUUUUUUGUUGUUGUUGAUCAGCGAUCAGAGAUUCGCAUUGUUAUGAAGCUGUUAAUGAGCCAGUUCAGUCAGUCAGUGAGUCAGUGGGUAAAACAAUCAAUCAAUCAGUCAGCCAGUCAGUCGAGCAAGCAGUUACUCUUAAGUUGAAAAGUGAAAUUGAAAUAAUGCGCCUCCUACUUACUUCUUAAAUGUAUAAAUCUAUAUACAUACAUACAUAUACAUGCAUAUAUAGUCAUAAUUUAUUAUACAAAUAUACACCUAAUGAACUUACAAAUCCUCAAAAAAUCAAAACUAAAACUACACACAAGAACAAUCUCCAUUCAAAGUGAAGGCAAAUAAAGCAAGCAAGGUUGAACCCAUCCAAAGGAUCUUUCCAAUCGGUAAAGAGAUAAAGAGAGAAAGUUCCGUGCGCCGCGACACUUCUAUGAUUGUUUUUUCUGCUUAUCCAAAUCGUCGUUUUCCGGCUUUCCACNCCACAGACACACCUGAGCCGGCGCCUGAACACGGCCAAGUGUCUUAGUUUAUGUUAAUUAUUUCUAAUUCUCCUGUGAUUUUGCCAAAAAAAAAAAAAAAAAAAACAAAAAGAAAUUGAAAAAUUAUAAAAAGAGA